CCCGCUUCCAGUUGUGGUAGGAUUAUGGAGUACCUGCGUCGUAUGUCGGUGAGGUCGGGUUUGCUGGCCGUUAAGAUCUAGCUUGCUUCUUCUUGAGAUAAUCUACCUACCUAGGUACCCGCAUCUCCUAACCAUUCAGAUCCAACUACUGCGUCCUUUACCGGUCCAACCUCGACUUCUCUAACCUAGCUUUACUUCAGUUUAACUCGUCUUCAAGAGAGAAACUGAGACAACCAACUACAACCACGAUGUCAUCCCAAACAGCAGCAUCAGCCGACCAGGACCUCCUCACUCUCUGCCAAACAGACGCCUUCACCCCCAUCCCUGAGGCCACCCUCCACUCUAUCUUCUCGAACCCGCCGUUCGUCCCCAUCCCCGACACGUUCAACGCCCGCGACCUGGGCCUCCUGCCGGGGUCGCCCAUCCGCCCGGGCCUGAUCUACCGCUCGGGGGGGUUCUUCAGGGGCCUCUCGCCCGAAGGGGCGGCCACCAUCGCGGGUAAGCUGGGCGUCAAGAAGAUGUUUGACCUGCGCUCCGUCCGGGAGCACGAGCGGCAGCCGGAUCCCAAUAUUGACGGGGUCGAGGGGGUGUGGGUCAAACCCGGGGAGGAGGACGCCGUAGUCGUGUUGGAGGAUUUUCUGGAUGGCGAGGGCGAGAAGGGGUAUGUGGCUAUGUACCUGGAUGUCUUGCAGGUGUAUCGGGACGGCAUCAGGGCGGUGCUGGAGCAUGUGCGGGAUGGGAGGGGCGAGGAGGGAUUGUUGUUUCAUUGUACUGCUGGGCGCGACCGAACGGGGGUCGUGGCUGGGCUAUUGUUGAGCCUGGCUGGCGCUGGCACGGAGACGAUUGUGCUCGAUUUCAUGUUGUCGCGGGUUGGGAUCGAGCCGGUGAAGGAACAACUGCUUACUUUCGCGCUGCAUGGGUCCAUGGCUGCCAGUCCCGACGCGCCGGGAUUCCGGAACCUCAUCAAUCUGAGAAUUAGCAGCUGGGAGGCGUUUGUCAAAGCAGUCGAGACCAGGUACGGCGGGUUUAGAAACUAUGUGACCAAGACGCUAGGCUUGUCGGACGAGGAUGUGGCCCAGAUCAGGCGCAAUCUUGUAAAGCAGAAUUGAGUGCACAUCUAAGGCAGCGCAGAAUAGGAUGCACAAAUGGUGUAUUGGUCGUCUCUGAGCAUGUCAUGAGACCUCAAAG